AUGCAGGCACAAGCCAUGGGGAAUGAACAUCGUGCCAUGGUGUCGCCUCAGCCGGGGUCGUCUUCACCAGAUGCUGCUCAACAAUCGACUAUGGACACGGCUCUUCCAACAGAGCAGGGGGGAGAAUCCGGCAAGGACAGCGUGGAUGAGCAAGAUAUAGGUACUGGUCGAUGCUAUCCUCCUGAGGGCUGUGAUAUUGAAGAACGCCUCAAACACCCAAAGCGAGUUUCGGAGAAUUACCCCACAGGUGAAUGGCCGGAACGACAAGGAAUCCCGCCAACUUGCAGGCAUUCCUCUGAAUCUGAAAUUGCCCUUCCAUCGACACCUACAUUGCUGCAAUCUCUUGCUCAUAGCGGAAGCCGGAGCGAGAUAGCUACUGCUCCCGCAAAUCUCGUUUCCCCAAUGUUACCCCAGACCCUGGCAAAUGAGUUCUUGGACAGAUUAGAUGAAGACAUUCAGAAAAGAGACAGAGAGUCGCAAGCUGAAGUCAUGCACAAAGAAGUCACACCAGCUUCAUUUUCUUACCAAUCUGCAGAUGCUAUACACUAUCCUACCGCAAAUCCAGCCCUGCCACAAGCAUUUCUCCCAGUCCCAAGCGGUCAGGCCCAGUGGCCUGCCUCUCAAAUGUUGCUACCACAGUUUAACUUAACACCAGACAGUCAAGUUGGCGAAUAUGGUACAAAUGCUGUUCAAGCUCCGGUACCUUACCAGCGAUUAUCACCAGCCUACGGCAUGAAUCCACAAGGUCAGCCACCCCUACAAUAUUAUCAUAGCAUGAACAAUUACGUUCAAGCACCUCCGGCACUGCCUCAAAAUUUUGUACCAUAUCCACAUACGAAUCCAGUAUUCUUCCAGCCCCAGGCAGCGGCCCCCAACUAUGGCGUUGGUAGACCUUCGUUGCCAGUGCAAACAUAUAACAAACAACCCAUUAUGCUUGCUAAUUCAUCUUUACAACACAUCUUCUACCCUUCACCCCUACAAAUUAACAACUUCAAUAAUGCCACAAUCGCUAGGCCCGAACUCUCCUCCCAGCACCCACCUUCGCACCCUUCAUAUUCGCAGCACCUCCGAUCUCGAGCCUCCGUUCCACCCCCCUUCGCGCACCCUUCGCAACCUCUUUCCAAACCCUUAUUCACUCAGCAGCAGUUAGGCCUCAACAACACCCGAGUUAACGAGCUGCGUCGCAUGAAGAAGCACCGGCAGACGACCCCGAACGUAGACGAGUUCAUGGUGAGGAGAGCCAAGAAGGAGAAUAUCCCAAAACAAAUGGGUAAUUUGAAGAAGGGAAAGUCAGGUCGGGGACAGGGUAAGCCGGCGCUGAAGGCUAAGGGGGGUAGGGUUGAAGCUGGGGAGGCAAUUCAGAAAGUUGAUUAGUCACGUGGAAACGGGCACGUGCUAAGGGGUUUACCUAGGUACCUGCGGACGCUCUAUUGGCCCGGGAUGGACGCCGACAUCGAAAAAUACGUCCAGACUUGUAAAGCAGCAAGGCUUCUACCGCACAGAAAGCAGGGGAACUCGCCCUUUUACCGAUCCCAACACGUCCCUGGCGCAGCGUCUCGAUUGAUCUGAUCACAGAUCUGCCACCCUCUCAACGUCAGACCAGACUGCCUCACCCCCGUUCCCAGUUUACGAUUCUAUCAUGGUUGCCGAUUAACAAAGGAAAUCGAACUGGUCCCAUGCCGAAAAGACAUGAGCUCCCGGC